AUGCUGUGCUGGCUCGGGGAUCUGCCGAAUUCACUAGGCUACGCCGAUCUGACGCGACACAUUGCGGGCUUAUUUGAAGGCUCUGAAAUCAUUGCAUCACCCGAACCUUUCACAGCCGAAAAUGUUACCGAAGCUUUGUCCCAAACCUGUGGCCACGCCAGCUCUGUGCUCGCUGCCGUGGAGGGGCCUAAGCCCGCUGCCCCUAACAAAUCCCACUACCAGCGCUACGGCGUCCCCCUGAUGCACUACUCCGACGACCCCUGCACGCUGCUGUGCCAGUUGGUCAACUACGUCUAUGCGACGUUACAUCAGUUAUCGUUUUUGCGCACUAUGUGCGGGCGGGACUCCGACCAGGGUGGAUGGCGUGACUGCCAGUUUGGUAGAGCUGUGGAGGCGUCAAAAUCAUGGCAGUGCUCCCAACGUCCGGUAGAUCCUAUGCAAGUGCAGGGCCACGGCUGCAACGCCUCCCCGCUGCAAGGCUUUCUCACCGACCAGUCCGAUCUCUCCACCUACUGGUAUCAGCGUGGCGACAUCUGCCGGCGUAGCCACGUGAAAAUGGGCUUUCUUCCAGACAAUUUUCGUGAAGAGUCCAAGCAUGGCUUCUACAUCCACAGCGUGCUGGUCGGGGUGUGUUAUCAAAAUGCCGACCCACUGGAGAAGGUUUGCAAGUACCUCAACUGCCUCACCAGGCGAACGCCGCGCACCACCGGGGAGCUUGUCUCGUUCUUCCACAAUUUCGGGAAUGAGCUGCACAAUGGAUCUUCAGACUUGUCCAAGCUGGGUUCCGUCCUCUCCAGUCAGCAUGGCCACUGCCCCGACUGGGACCGUCUCAAGGACUCCGACCUCCAAGUCAUCAAGGACGCCAGGGGCUCCGCCCCUCCCAACUCCAACCACAACCACGACAAGGACCAUCCCAACACACUAUCCUCUCUACUUGGCUGCGACAUCACCAAUGCCCAGUGCCCACAGCAUAUGAAGCCCAUCAACUACCGGGCCUACGCCCUGUACUCUUCCAGCUUCGCCCACCACUACCUCAGCUGGGUGGUCCACCUACCUGACAGACUCUGGGACUCGCUGCUCAAGUUGCGCUGUGAUCUCGAGAACCUUCAAUGUCACGACUCCAAGUGCUUAUCUCUCCAACAGUGUCCUAAGGCCCUGCCCCUCCUCUACUCUCACGGGUUCACUCCACCAGAAGGGACACUGCAGCCGUCACUCAAGUGUUCCAAGGUCAUCACCAAUCUGGAGGAAGUGGUCUCAGGAAAGCCUAUCGCAAGCCUCAUGACUGCCAUGGACGAUUUCCUCCACGGCAUACCGUGCCCUUCCCUCUCUUUGUCAUCACACGCUCUGGCUCAUCGCCACGCUCUACAUCGCCCACUCACUACUGUACCGCAUGGACGUCCUGCGCAUCCGCUCCCACCUCACCACCAGGGCCUCACACCUCAUCGACGUCAAGGCGCUGCUCGCCGGCAGCCGCAGGAUGCUCUCACUCUACCGUGA